AUCAUGUCAAAACGUCAUCUGUCAAUUUCUAAAAUAAUUGUUUGGUUUUGAAGAGUGCGGAAUUGUAUUAAAUAUUAUUACGGAUAAAAAUAUAAAAAUGGACAGAGACGAAGACAAUAUUACAGAUCAAGAGCGUGAUAUAUCUCAAAAUGCGUUGACUGAAUUUAAAAAGAAAAACUACGGAAGUUGUCUGCAACAACUCAAUUUAUUGGAAAACAAGGCACAUGAUUUCAAAGUCAUGCAUAAUAAAGCUGUGAUUGAGUUCUAUAAGAGUGAUUUAAAGAAAAUUGAUGCGUUUCAAGCGAAUUUAAACAGCAUCAACAACAAGCAUCAUAUAAAAAUUGAAAAACUAGAUGAUGUAGACCACUGUAUUGCAUAUUACAAUCAAGCAGUGGUUCUUUAUCAUCAGCGUCAGUACACUGCAUCUCAGAGAAUUAUGGAAAAAGUCUACAAGUUUAUUGAACCAAUGGAAGACUCAUUAGCAAAGCAAGUUAGUUUACUAGCAAUUGAAUUGCAAUUAUGCAUGAGGCAGCCAGACAAAGCAUUAACAUUAAUUUCUUAUCUAGAAAACAAUGUUUUAAAUGAGGCUUCACCUACAAAAGGUCCAGAAAAGAAAUCCAGAGAUAAAGAUAAAAAGGUGUGUUAGCUUUUAUAAUAAUUACAACUUACAACUAAUACAUAAAAUUAUCAGAUUACUGGGGACAACUUAGAAGAAUUUAGGAAGAAACUUAUAAAAUACAAGAUUCGAUGUUCAUUGAUGAGCCAUAAUUUAACAAAAGCCGGAAAGGAAAUACAAUUGCUUUCUAAAGGAAAAAAUAAUAUCGACUAUUUGUUUAUGUCGGCACAUUUGGAAUAUUUAAAGGGUAAUAUACAGGAGUCACUGAAAAUAGUCAAAUCAAUUGACGAGGAUUCUUUGAAUUAUAAUGAUUGCUCAGAAUCGUCUAUGAUAUUAUGUAAUAAUAAUAUUGGAAUAUUAAUGCAUGCUUUGGGAAAACCGAAUUUGGCUUGUCACUAUUUCCAGGAGGCCAUUAAGAAGGAUAUGGCGAUACACUCUGACAAUAAAAAAGAAUCCAACGAUAAAUCUUUAUACUACCUGGGCGGAUCCAAGUACCAUGAGUUGAUGUACAAUUUGGGUAUCGCUAUGUUACAUGCAGGAAAGGCAGCUCAAGCAUUCGAAUGCUUAAUUAUUGCUGUACGACGAUACCACAGAAACUCCCGGCUCUGGACGAGACUUGCAGAAUGCUGCAUUAUGGUUCACAAAGCCACCAACGAGGUGGAUUUCGACGUUCAAAAGAAACAAAAAGAAAUAAUCGUGGAUGUGAUAGGCACUAAAGAAAAACAGAAAAUUGUAAUUAACAGUUAUCUCUCAAAUGAUAAAAAAUACAGUUGUGAUAGUCAAUCGUAUGCGGUCCCCGUGCCUUCUUUGGAGUUUGCCUUGUUAUGCCUGCGAAAUGCUCAGAUAUUAAUACCUACGGACUCGACAUCUAACAGUGCACCCAUGUUUUUGGUAGCAGGCAUAUCUCCUCCUGCACCACUUCCUAACCCUGGACCAGCACCGUCCAAUCCCUUAAGCCCUGACAGUAUGCAAUCUUUGAAAAAUCACAUAUUAAUAUGUAGUUCUUAUGUAGCCUUGUGCCUGGGAGAUUAUAUACUUGCGUUGGAACACGCCAGGAAUUUGCUAGCACAGCCCAAAAUGUCUGGCAUUCACAAGUUAUUAGCGCACAUGUAUGCUGCAGAAUCACUAGUAUUGUUGGAAAACAUUAACGAGGCUUUGGACCAUUUGGAUCCUGAGAACAUUAAAGACAUAUCGUUUAACUUCCCCACCGACGGCGGUCCAGAUGAAGUCAAGACUGGACCACCACCAAAGUGGUUCCCGACCAGUUUAGGAAGUGCCCAUGCAGUAUUACAGUAUAAUAUAGCUGUAGCGAAAACCAUUAGAGGACAACUAGACCAAGCUUCGGCGUUACUCAAACAAGUUUGGAGCAUGAAUAAAUCCUGCAGAGUUCCCGCUCACAUCAUCAUGUUAGUCAUAUAUAUUGAGUUAAAAUUAGGACACGCUGAUAUAGCAAGAAAUUUGAUAAAGCAACACUACUUUCAUCAUAGAAUAAAUGGAUGAAUAAAUUCCUUAAAAGCGA